UGGCAACAUAUGGCAGGCAGCAGACAGCUGACUACAGGAAUUAUGACAACAUCAACAAGUUUUUCGGCAACUUUUCGGAUAUUUGUUUGACACAAGGGGUCGGUUCAACUCAUAGUUAAGUAAGCGUUUGUCUUUAACUGUGACAGGCGUUUGACUUUCGUUGCUUUAAAGAUUCAGCCACAGUUUGACAAUGAAGGAUAAGCAUCAACGCUAAUUUAAAUUGAGAGCUAGCAGGCUAGAUAAGCUGCUGGUUUGGUACUGAAAAGUAAACUUCUACACAUAUGACGCUAACAGUAAAGUUUGUUGGCCAAUAUUUUGUCGGUUAAUAACUUAAAGAGCGUUCACGGACAUGUCAGGAGAGCCAGCCAGUGUGAACGGCCUGGUCCGCGGGAGCCGCACCAGAUCCUACGGCAGUCUGACCCGGUCUCAGCUCUCUCCGGUUCGGCAGAGACGCAUUGAGCACACGAUUCAGCCGGGAGAGACACUCCAAGGCCUGGCCCUAAGAUAUGGAGUGUCCAUGGAGCAAAUCAAAAGGGCUAACAGGAUGUACACCAAUGACUCGAUAUUCCUUAAGAAGUCCCUGUUGAUCCCUGUGCUGUCAGACUUGGAUGACUUCAGUAAGGUGGGGGAUUUGGCUGAAGAUGACCAUGAUGGAGACAGUGCUGGCCGUGCUUCUGUUCAUAACAGACACACAGUGAGCUCCUCUGACAAAAAGCAAUGCGGCGGAAAAGAAAUGGUUUCAGACCUCACUCCAGUGGAUUUUUUGAAGAGGCUGGAUGACUUAAUUAGCCAGUCCAAGCAAGCUGCAGUCAAAGGAUGCCAUGAUGCAGAGAAAAGGGUCGCGGCUCUGGAAGCAGCUUGCACCAGCAGGACAUCAGAUUGCCGCCCGCUUACAAGGUCGCAGAGUGUCAUUUCAUCUUCCAGAUUGCAGCAGGCAGCACAUGGGGCCGUGCCACUCACUAUCACCAAACUCACCAAGAAACUGAGAGAAAGGGAGGAUGAGAUCUUCGAACUGUGACAUUUGAUCAGUCAAGAAACUUUCUCAGAAAUCUGUGUUGCACAGUUUGAUCUAUAUCUAUAUAACAGGGCAUUACAGAUAAAGGAAAAUAAGCCAGGUAAUCCCUCUGCUGCUAUAUAGUUUUAUAGUUCAUAUGUCUUUUCACACAUUUAAUAUAGACUGUAUUUAAGGAACUCACACUGUCUUUUUUUAACAAUUAUUGCAUAUUUAUUUAUUUGUUGGGAUGUACUGUAGGUUAUGGAAAUGUUCAUAUGGCUUAUAGCUGUAUUCGACUUGUUCUCACAUGCAGGGACUAAGCGCGUGGCAUGAAAGUGAUCAUUUGCAGUCACAUGUUGAUUUGGUCAUAUGACUGAUCACAUGGUUGACUCAACACAAGGUUUGUGUGCUAUGCUGCCACACAUUUUUCUUAUGAGAACCUUUAGCCAUGGAAUGCAAAACCUAUGUUCACUGUGAUAACAAGAGCAAAAUGAAAUUAUUUAAACAACCGACAUCUGUCUCUUAAAAUAUAUUUUGACAGGUUCUUUUCCCAGUUGUUUUUAGGGGUAAUGGUUUUGUAUAGUUCAUUUAAUUAUUAAAAUGUUUUGUUCCUGUG